CUCCAGCAGGGGGCGCUCACCGCGGGGGGUCCGCCUGCUCCAACACGGAACGCGGGUUUAGGCGAAGGAGGCAGAGUCGUGGAAUCCGUUACUUGACGCGAAGUUUGGACUCCCGUUGAGGACGAUACGAGUCAAGGACCUUAAAACUAAACGUCGGGCAAAUACCACCUGAGAGCCAGAUUCGACUCGGACUCCUGUUUUUAUAUCGGACGACGGGACUUUGGCCGCUGUGCGCAGCUGUCGGAGUGAUUGUAAGAUGCCUGUGCGUAAAAAGUGCGCGCUCCUCCGCAGCGCGCCGUCCUCCACUUCAUCUCCGUAGGAUCCGAAGCUGAGCUCAAGCGGUCCGGUUCUUACCCAUCCGAACAUGUCGGCACCGCGUCCGGCCCGGAGAAGCCUCCGUGUCCGUCUGAGCGGACUCCUGUGCGCGUUGUGGAUCCUUUCUGCCGCCGCGAGUCGUGAUGUCGCUCUGCGCAGCAACGACACGACGGGAAAUUCCACGCGGGGGUCGCGGGAGGACGUCCACCAGCAGAACCGGCACAAAACGUUCCCCGUGCUGUCGUUCAAGUACGAGCACGUCAGGAAGCCCUUUGAGAUCUCCAUCUGGAUCCUCCUGGCGCUGCUGAUGAAGCUCGGUUUUCACAUCAUUCCGCGGCUGUCGAGCAUCGUCCCAGAGAGCUGCCUGCUGAUUUUCGUGGGCCUGCUGAUCGGCGGCAUCAUCAAGGCCAUCGGCGAGGAGCCUUCCGUCCUGGAUUCGCAGCUCUUUUUCCUCUACCUGCUGCCUCCCAUCAUCCUGGAUGCCGGCUACUUCCUGCCCAUUCGCCCCUUCACGGAGAACCUGGGCACCAUCCUGGUGUUCGCCGUGGUGGGCACGCUGUGGAACGCCUUCUUCAUCGGUGGGACCAUGUACGGCGUGUGUCGGAUCGAGGGAGCUCAGCUGGCCAGCGUGGACCUGAUGUCCUGCCUCCUCUUCGGGUCCAUCAUCUCCGCCGUGGACCCUGUCGCGGUCCUGGCCGUGUUCGAGGAGAUCCACAUCAACGAGCUGCUGCACAUACUGGUGUUCGGGGAGUCGCUCCUCAACGACGCCGUCACUGUGGUCUUGUACCACUUGUUCGAGGAGUUUUCUCACGCAGACACGGUGACGGUGGCCGACGCCCUCCUGGGCGUGGUCUGCUUCCUUGUGGUGGCGCUGGGAGGCAUCAUGGUGGGCGCCAUCUACGGCGUGCUGGGCGCCUUCACGUCGCGGUUCACCUCGCACACGCGCGUCAUCGAGCCGCUGUUCGUCUUCCUCUACAGCUACAUGGCCUACCUCUCUGCAGAAGUCUUCCACCUGUCGGGGAUCAUGUCGCUGAUAGCGUGUGGCGUGAUCAUGAGGCCGUACGUGGAGGCCAACGUCUCCCACAAGUCCUACACCACCAUCAAAUACUUCCUGAAGAUGUUGAGCAGCGUGAGCGAGACCCUCAUCUUCAUCUUCCUCGGCGUUUCCACGGUGGCCGGUCCUCACGCCUGGAACUGGACCUUCGUCGUUUUCACCAUCAUCCUCUGUUUAGUGUCCCGAGUUCUGGGAGUGAUCGGUCUCACCUACGUCCUCAACAAAUUCCGGAUAGUGAAGUUGACCAAAAAGGACCAGUUCAUCAUUGCGUACGGGGGCCUGCGCGGCGCCAUCGCCUUCUCGCUGGGCUACCUGCUGACCGACAGCAGGAUGAAGAACAUGUUCGUCACCGCCAUCAUCACCGUCAUCUUCUUCACCGUGUUUGUGCAGGGCAUGACCAUCAGGCCUCUGGUGGACCUGCUGGCUGUGAAGAAGAAGAAGGAGAGCAAAGGCUCCAUCAACGAGGAGAUUCACACACAGUUCAUGGAUCAUCUCCUCACGGGAAUUGAAGACGUCUGCGGACAUUAUGGACAUCAUCACUGGAAAGACAAGCUGAACCGCUUCAACAAGGCCUACGUGAAACGGUGGCUGAUCGCCGGUGAGCGCUCCACCGAGCCUCAGCUCAUCUCCUUCUACAACAAGAUGGAGAUGAAACAGGCCAUGAUGCUGGUGGAGAGCGGGAGCGCCGCCAAGCUGCCCGCGCUCGUGUCGUCCGUCUCCAUGCAGAACCAAGGGCCGGGCAGACGGGCGAUACCCAGCAUCUCAAAGAGCCGCGAGGAGGAGAUCAGGAAGAUCCUGCGAGCCAACCUGCAGAAGACGAGGCAGAGGCUCCGGUCCUACAACCGACACGACCUGAUGAUGGACAGGUUCGAGGACAACAUCAGCGAGAUCCGUUUCCGGAGGCAGAGGGUGGAGAUGGAGCGGAGGAUGAGCCACUACCUCACAGUCCCUGCAAACCGGCAGGAGACGCCUCCUGUGAGGAAGGUGUGCUUCGACUCAGAACACAAGGUUUACACCUACGAUGACGACGAGAGCCUCAGAGGACGAACCGUUCAGCUGCAUCCCAGAGCCCCCGACGCCGUCGCCCUGCUGAGGGAACCCUCCCAGCGGCCCGACCACAGGAGCCGAGCCGAGCCGAGGGAGACGGAGCCAGACGACCAGGAGGAGCAGGACCAGAUGAAACUCUUGCGCUGCUUUAGCGACCCUGGUCCAGACAAGGAGGAUGAGGACGGCUCCUUCCUGUCAGGAUGAAGCUCGUGACCGUAUGAACGGCAGAACACGCUCCUCUUCUGUCUUAAAGGACUGAAUGUCUCUGAACCUCGUUAGAAAUCAGUAUUAUGCUUCAUUUCUUUUGAUGUGAGUUAAUUGAAUGUGUUUUUAUAUCAUAAAUCUUACCAAAGCAUGGAUCACUGCCCAUCUGCUGAGACGACGAUUCGAUCAAGUUGUUGAUGGGUUUAAGUACGGGUGGGUUCAGACCAUGCGGCGCUGUGUGGUCAGUGCUGGACGCCAAAGUUGCCACAUGUCAAAACGUCUGUUGAAACGGCGCAGUGAGAUUUGCUACACACACAUAUCUGUGAAUUUUAAUGACAUCAGUAAUUGUGUGAAAGGUCAAAACCUAAAUAUAUCCACAAAUACCCGCAGACAAUGACGCCGUGUUUAUCUAAGUAGCGUUAAUCUGCAUGUUAGCGUUUUAAUGUGGUGAAUAACAGUGUAAACAUGAGGCUUGGCCCAAACGCAGGCCUGUUUGCAACCAUUACGCUGCAUUUGAUGCCAGUUACUUCGCUUUGUUUCCCCUGAAGCUUCCUUGAUGCCGAUGGACCAAGGCCUGUGAACGAGCCACUCUCGUAUUUUACAACGCAGCAUCACUGCUCCUAGUUUUACUCAGGGACUGAACCGUAGCACGGCGUUAACGGAGGCCUGCUGGCGUCUGUCCUCCAGUGUUUGGACUUCAGAGCCUCAGUAACAUUCCCACAGGUGUCAGCUCUGUAAACACCACAUAUCCAUGAAGUUAAAUGUUUCUCUGCACUGAGCUUCUGCCUUAAUGUUUUGCCUGAAGGAACGAUUUGCCUGAAGUGUUUAUGUUCACAUUUAAGUCCUGUCAGAAAUAAAGGUUUUGUGGCUUCA